GCCUCCUCGGCCAGCGAGCAGCCGCGGACGGGGCGGAUGACGCCAUCGGCGCGCGGCGGCGCCCGCGGAGGCCCCCGCGCACGUGUCUCCUAGGUGACAAGCGCCGGCCCCGCCGCCGGCAGCAUGAGGCGGCCCAACAUCCUCCUCACCGGUACUCCGGGAGUUGGGAAAACCACACUAGGCAAAGAACUUGCAUCAAGAGCAGGGCUGAUCUAUGUUAAUGUGGGUGAUCUGGCAAAAGAAGGAGAACUGUAUGAAGGUUUUGAUGAGGAAUAUGAAUGUCCCAUUUUGGAUGAAGACAGAGUCAUUGAUGAACUAGAAGAAAAGAUGAGUGAAGGUGGAGUUAUCAUCGAUUAUCAUGGCUGUGAUUUUUUCCCAGAAAGGUGGUUUCAUAUAGUAUUUGUACUUCGUACAGAAAAUUCAGUUUUGUAUGACAGACUUGAAAGCAGGGGCUACAAAGGGAAAAAGCUGCAGGACAACAUUCAGUGUGAAAUUUUUCAGACUCUUUAUGAGGAAGCCAUGUCAUCUUACAGAGAGGAAAUUGUACACCAGUUACCCAGCAACACUCCAGAAGACCUAGAGCGAAAUUUGGAUCAGAUUAUGCAAUGGAUUGAGCAAUGGAUGAAAGACAACAAUUGACAUCUGGUGGAAAAGUAACUCUGUUGGAUCUCUUCCUGGAGGGGCUUAAUAAGUGACAUUCAUAAUUCUUUUAUGGUAAAUUAAAAUAAAUUUCAUUGUAGUUUA